AUGAAGUAUGCUGAUCCUCGUUUCACAUACAUGGGAGAUAUAGAUUAUUAUUCUAUAAGAGUGGCAUAUAAAGGGUUGGAGAUAGAAUUGAAGCGAAUCCCCAACAAGCUUACAGUUAUUGAUUUUUCAGGCAAUAAAUUCACUGGAGAAAUUCCUGAGUCUAUUGGGAAGCUUAAAUCACUCCAUCAGCUCAAGCUUUCUCACAAUUUCUUUACAGGUUAUGUCCAACCAUCACUAGGGGAUUUGAGCAAUUUGGAAAGUUUGGACCUCUCUUCAAAUAUUCUUACUGGGAGAAUUCCUAAUCAAUUGGCAGGCUUGACAUUUCUUGAAGUUUUGAACCUCUCAUAUAACCAACUUGAAGGACCAAUGCCUCAAGGAAAGCAAUUCCACACAUUCGAAAAUGGUUCAUAA